GUUCAAAAACGUUUGCUCUAUACGAUAAAGUUGUGUGCAAAAAGUUCUCAAUCGAAUUCGAAGAUAUGAUUUUCGAGCGACUUGAAUUAUACGAGAGUUUGACAGAAUAUGUACAUGCACUACGUUGUAAACUCUUCCAACUAGUUAAAUCUUGUUUCAUAUUUGUUUUUAACUAUUAUGAUCAAACCGAAAUCGAACACUAAGGUAUCUGAUCAAGUUUUCAGUCUACUGUGAUCACCAAAACGUAUAUCAAGUUGAUUUUUGAGUGUUUAGAAAAUCUCUUAAGUCUGACCAUUAUUCUUCGUCGGAAGACGAUCAACGUUAUGUCGUGGAUGACCAAACACAUCAAGAUAAUUUAAAAGAUCCAUCUUCAUCUCUUGAAGGACGAAGUGAUGUAUCACCAACAUUUGUUCAAACAGCACCUGUUCUCAUUCAACCGACAAUGAAUAAUACUUCAAUGCAUAUGGUUUCAGCAAUACCAGUGGGAACUGUUUUAAAACUACAAGAAACGUCGACAACAUCCAAUGACCAGACACCAUUACUCGUCGCUGUUAGACCUGUCGGUAAACAUCGUCGUGUGCCAAGAGAUUCAAAACUGAUGACACAAUUCUAUCAUCAAGCAACAGCACCCUCGUCAAUUUUAAUCGAUAGACAAUUGUAUAAUAUAACGAAUAGAGAACAAGAAUCCACAGUCCAUUAA